CAACGUAUGAUACAACGCUUUAGCUUUCUUCGGCACGCUUCAAACAAAGCUCGAGCCCUUUCCACCUCACGCACACUUCGUCCAGCCAUGGCGUCCAAGCCCUCCCCUGGCUCCGCAGAUCAGGCGAUCAACGAUGGCUGGUACACAGAGCUGUCGCCAAUGUGGCCUGGGCAGGGCCUCUCCCUGAAAGUUAAGGAGAUUCUGUACCGGGGCAAGUCCGACUUCCAGGACGUGUGCGUGUUCGAGUCGGAGUCCAUGGGCACGGUACUGCUACUGGACGGUGUGAUCCAGGCCACUGACCGGGACGAGUUCUCCUACCAGGAGAUGAUUGCGCACAUCCCCAUGUGCGCCCUGGAGCGCCCCGCCAAGAAGGUGCUGGUGGUGGGCGGCGGCGACGGCGGCGUGCUGCGUGAGCUGGCGCGGUACCCGGACGUGGAGGAAAUCCACAUGGCCGAGAUCGACAAGAUGGUGCCGGACGUGUCCAAGCAGUACUUCCCUGAGAUGGCCGUGGGCUUCAGCGACCCGCGCGUGACGCUGCACAUUUGCGACGGCAUCAAGUACGUGGAGGACUCGCCGGAGCACAGCUACGACCUCAUCGUGGUGGACAGCAGCGACCCGGUGGGGCCGGCGGAGGUGCUGUUUGAGAAGCCGUUCUUCGAGGCCCUGCACCGGGCAGUGCGCCCCGGCGGCAUCGUGUGCACACAGGCCGAGUCGCUCUGGCUGCACCUGGACAUCAUCAAGGCGCUGGCGGGCAUGUGCAAGGAGGUGUUCGCGGGCGGCUCGGUCAGCUACGCCACCACCACCAUCCCAACCUACCCCUCCGGACAGAUCGGCAUGCUGGUGUGCGCCAAGGCGCGGACGGAGCAGGGUGAGGGUGGCAGUGCUCCCCUGGACCCGCGCAUCCCGCGCCAGGCGGAGCCGGGGCCGCUGCCGCAGCUGGGCGUGCCCGAGCUCAAGUACUACAGCCACGAGGUCCACACGGCGGCGUUCGUGUUGCCAGUGUUUGCAAAGAAGGGGCUGGAGGGCUGCCUCACCUUCCAAUGAUAGAUGAGAAGGGGGUUGUUGCUGUGGGGGCAUAAAAGUUUGGGCGUUUGAAAUUUUGACUUGGGCAAUCCUGGGGGGCUUCGCCCCCCCAUCCGGAUUGCUUCACUCGGGGUGUGAAGAAAAUAGUGUCCUGCUUGUUGGAAAGUGCUUAGGUGCAUGGUUCGGUUGCUGGGGUUGGUUGACUUGUGGAGGGGAGGGUGAACGGCUUGCAGCGCUGAUCGGGCGUGGGCGCGAGGGGGUGUGCGGCUACUUCAAUGCAUGCGGCACGCGGCCGUGUCAGAAAUGCACGUGAUGGGCGACGAUGCAGUUGCACAGGUGGCGAAGUGCGGUGGCGGUGAGUACCUCCGCGUCAGGAGGGAGUGCUUGUGUGCUUGAGGUUGGGAGGCAUGCAUCAGCUCAGUAGCGGAGGCCCAAAUGGCCAGCAACGAUCUGUGCCGGCACGGACUGUCCAGGCGCAAUGGUGGGCAUUCUUAUAAGCAGUUGCGACAGGAUGUACGUGCGUGUACGCUAGUCGAAGCAAGGGCUGCGGCGUUACAGUAGGUCGGUGGAAUGCCGGGCAGGAGGCGCAGGUGCAGAUUCAGGUUGCAGAUAGAUGCGCGGGGCGUGUGAUUAUGUCAACCGGUGGGCGCAGGUGGGUAAUAGUGGGGGCGUGUUCAGGACACGCCGCGGAGGCGCGGAUUGGACCAAGGCCCGGGGGAAGAGCCGGAGGUGACAUAAUCUGGACUUGCGGGCACGGCGGCUGAAAAGUCCCGGGCACUCGGGCACGUGCGGCCGUGCGGGUGUGCCAGGCAAGGUGAUGGUGAGCCUUGGUGAGAUGUCCGAUGGUUGGCGAAUGGCAGUGGUGCCGGACGCGCGUUGAGCGCAGGCAGGGUUAUGGCAUCCGUACAUCGGUGGGAAAAUGCCCUGAUAUAAGAGAAUGGAGUGAGCGACCAUUUUGAAUGGGCACAUGAGGAGCGGCCGUUGGUACGGGGACACGACGAGACGAGCACCGUGAGCUCGCGGGUACCGGCAUGAGCCGGCGUGACCGGUGCCGGUUAUGAAGCCACGACGCGUCAAGCCUGCUCACACAUACUAACUAACUGGCAAACAUGCCUGUAAACAAAGAGCUGCUUGCAGGAGGGAACCAGUGCCGUUGCUUCGACGACGCUUGCCGGCGAUACACGUAUCUUCUUGUAAAUUUGCCACCGG